AUCAUAUCAAACAGGAAUGCAUAUUGGGAGCAGUCAUGGUCUUCUUCGGAGGAACUACUCCCAACAGCUUUCAAUAUACUUAAAUCCAACAAUUUAUUGGAGUGUACAUACACUCACCGACCUAGCCUAAAGCUGUUAGCCAAACAGAAGUGGGCAACUCGCGUCUUCCUUGUAUUCGAUAUCCCCAAUACUUCGUAUGAUCCUAGUCUAGGACAUUUACCCGACCACAACCAGCUUCCCGUGACAAUUGUUCGACUAGGGGAAAGGGUCCAAGCUUACACGGCCAGCCCACCUAUCCAAAACAAGGUGAACCAGGAUGUCGCCAGAGCUCAUAACGACAACGGUAUAAACAGCUUCCCACCCUUUGUUACAGAUUAUACGUCCGGGCCACCGGUAUAUCUCAAUCCACGCAAUACGGCAUUACUGUUAUGA